AUGGAGGCAAAAGGCAGAGAGGAGGAGAAGCAGCAGCAGCAGCACUGUAAGAUAAGGAAGAGAGGGAAUUCAUCAUCUUCAUCUUCUUCUUUAGUCCCAAAUUACAGAUUCAAGAGAGCAAUUCUUGUUGGAAAGAGAGGUGGGUCUACUACUCCUGUCCCAACCUGGAUGACAAGCUCAAAAUCACCAACGUUGGCAAUGCCGAAUGCUGAGUCCACUAAGGGCACAACACCUCAAAAUGGAGGCAAGGCCAAAGAAGUCUCAGUUUCUGCAAGAAAAUUGGCCGCCACUUUGUGGGAAAUCAAUGGAAUACCUUCUCCAAUAAUUAAAAAGGAUUUGGAAGACAAGAAAGAGUUUAGAAGCAGAGAAAAAGUUACAAGGUUGCCACAUUUUUCAGAUCCAUCUUACACUCCUUUUUCAGAGAGGAUGGAGAGAUCUAGAGGACAUAGUCAUAGGAGAAGAACAUCUAUUGUUACAAAGAGACUUCAGCUUACUGAUUAUCAUAUUGGAGGUUUGGAUUCUAUAAGCAAUGCCAGUCUGUUGGAGAUUGAAAGUCAUCCAAAAGGCAAAUCUCGUAGAAUUGGAAUGAAGACCUGUUUGAAGGAUGUUAGUAAUGGGCUAACCACCUCCAAAGAGCUUUUGAAAGUUUUGAAUCAUAUUUGUGGUCUAGACGAGAAGCACUCAUCAAGCCUAUCUCUUGUCUCCGCCCUCCGGAUUGAGCUUGAUCGAGCCUGCCUUUCAGUCAAUCAAUUGAUAAAAGAACAGCGAUCUAACCGCAGCGAGAUUGAGUACCUUAUUAAGCAUUUUGAGGAAGAAAAGGCAGCUUGGAAGAGCAAAGAGCGUGAUAGGAUUCGCAAUGCCAUAUCAUGCAUUGCAGAAGAGCUUGAAGUUGAGAGGAAGCUAAGAAGACAAACAGAGAGAUUGAAUAAGAAGCUUGGGAAAGAAUUGGCAGAUACGAAGGAUUCUCUGUCAAAAGCAAUGAAAGAGCUCGAGAGCGAGAAGAGGGCGAAAGAGAUAUUAGAGCAAGUUUGUGAUGAGUUGGCUAGAGGUAUUGGAGAAGACAGAGCUGAGGUAGAAGAAAUGAAAAAAGAAUCUGCACAGGUACGAGAGGAGGUGGAGAAAGAAAGGGAAAUGCUUCAUCUUGCUGAUGUGUUGCGUGAAGAAAGAGUCCAGAUGAAGCUCUGUGAGGCUAAGUAUCAUUUCGAGGAGAAAAAUGCAGCUGUUGAGAGGUUAAGAAAUGAGCUUGAGAGCUACCUGAAAGAAAAAGUAGGUGAAGAAAAGGGUGAUGGUUCUCCAAGUUAUGAAAGGAUCAAAGAGCUUGAGGCUUAUUUAAAGGAAAUCCAAUUCGGAUCAUGCCAACACGCCGUGAGAGAAGAAAACGAAGGGGGCGCAAUAGGAAAUGGAGAAGUUCAUGACGGAGAUGAUUCAGCUGACAGUGAUCUUCAUUCCAUCGAAUUAAACAUGGACAAUAACAGCAGGAGCUACAAAUGGUGUUAUGUUUCUGAGGGUAAUGCUCUAGACAAUCCAAAGUGGUUUUCAGGAGGUAAAGAUUUCAAGGGAAGGAAGUCGAUCUCCGAUAAUAUUCAAUGGGAAAACAUUUGUUUGCAAAGAAGAAAUUCCAAUGGUAUCGAUGGUCCUGAUUGCGACUUAAUCAACGAAAACCAGGGAAGUCUGAACGUGCUCAAUAGGGAAAGGUUUUCUGAGCUUGGUUUCCAUUCUCAAACACAAGACCAUGAAGAUGAAAUGAAGAAACACAGAUCUGUCAAAACUCUUAAAGACCAUGUAUUAUAUGGUUCUAAAAGAUCAUCAACACAGAACUUUGCCAGCCCGACGCGCGCGUGGGGGCAAUCCUUGCCUCUUCAGGAUUCUGGCAGUGUAGUUUCAGAUGAUAGUUCACCUGUCAUACAAGUGGAUGAUUUGAAGCCCAGGAUAGGCGGAACACGAGGUGCUCGUAGAACUUCAACAAGCUCCAGACAUUAA